UGGAGCUGCUGUAUGGAAGUAUUCUGGUGUCUAUAAAUGAAGAAUAUGUUGAUUUAGAGCGCCAGGAAGAGCUGACAUUGAGAGAGGGAGAUACUAUAGCACUUAUUCCUCCGAUCAGUGGAGGAUAGAAAAACUUGUGUUGUUAUGGAUGUGGUGGAUAUCACGGUUGACGCAAUCUCGGUAGAGCAGCUGACCCAGCGUGUCUCCUCCCCCUCUUGUGGUGCUAUCUCAUCAUUUCUAGGAACCACACGAGAUAACUUCAAAGGUAAAAAGGUCACCCAGCUGGAGUAUGAAGCUUAUGAGCCAAUGGCACGCAAAGAGAUGUUGAAAAUCUGUGCUCAGGUCCGCGAGAGGUGGCGUGUGGAAAAUAUUGCAAUUGUACACAGGAUUGGUGUGGUGCCAGUGAUGGAGGCAAGUGUGGCUAUAGUUGUGUCCUCUCCUCACCGGCGGGAAUCCCUCGAGGCCGUGCAGUAUGCCAUUGAUACUCUCAAGGCUUCUGUGCCCAUAUGGAAAAAGGAGUGGUAUGAAGAUGGUACCUGUUCGUGGAAGGAGAACAGUGAGUGUUGUGGACCCAAGAAGUCAAACCCUGCUUGAUAAAUAGCCAACCUGUGAUAUAAUUAAAUUCGUUCUGGUGACAGGCUUCAGAUCUUAUCCAUCCUACUCAUAUAUUUGAAAGUUUGCCAUCUCUGAUCUUUUAAUGGUUGCCAUAGUCAACUUUUUAUUGAGGGAUUCCUUCAUUUAAUUUAAGAUUCCUCAAAUUCUGUGUACUGUUAGCAAUCUGUUAUUCAACCCUCAUCACACAUGCACUUGUUUUCAUAAGGCGCUGAAAGAGUUUUUAAUUUCCCUUAUCCUCUAGGACACCGGUUAACAGCUACGAAAUAUUAUGGUGAAAAAAACAAUAUGCAUAUGUCCUUAUUAAAUUCAUAGUUCAUGUUCUAUUUACGAGCAAAAACUUAACAACAAGCAUUAACUCAACUAAAGUAAUAGUUCAGAACAAAAAUAAAAACACUUGACAAACAAGUAGACAACACUGCCAGUUUUUCUGUCCAAGGGAGGUAACUCAAUUUAAAUUGAUCAUUUAAUUAAUAAGUUGUUGCUCCUGAUAUUAUCUAAUGUUAUUAAAAUGAGAAUUUCAAAACUUAAGUGUAUUUCUAGGGGGUUCAAAUAGCAUGUUUGUAAGGGAGAAAAUUAGGUGUAAUUUUUAAUGUUAUUUUGCACAAACUGUUGAAACUAUUAUGAUCGCUUUCGAAAAGAUAACACCAUCGUUUUUGAGGAGUUGACCUGUCUUUCUGUGAAGUUUUAUUUUAAUAUAUUUCUUAUCUCCAAAGUGAUAUCAGAAAAAUCUAAAUGGAGACCUAACAAGUAUGCAUUCAUCCCAAGAUACAUGUCAAUGGUACUAAUCAAAUACUGAUUUUCAUGUUAACACAAAUUUACAAACUCUUUAACUGUUAAGUUUUAUUUAGUUUAAUUCAUGUUAACUUUUUGUUAACAAGUUCGGUUUUCAAAGUUUGUUCAGGUAUUACACUAGAGAUAUGAUGUUUAAGUUUACCAGCGAUGUUCUGUUUAGAUUUUUGGCUUCUUAUGUAUUUCAAAAAGCUGUUUCAAUAUUUCAAUAUUUGAAGUUAUUUUGACUGUUCUUAAUUUUGUCCUGAUUUCCCCAUUCAUUUAGUAUUUCUUCUAUUGUACUGCAUAAUAUGUAGGUGGAAAUAGAUAGAUUUUAUACAUGUAAAAUGUAGUCAAAUUAUGUAUUUUAUUCAAUCUUUGUUUGUUUUAUAAUCAGAGUGGCAUUCUAGUAUUUUUUUUAUUUUAUACAUGGAUAUGAAAACAAUGAAUAUUAAAAUAUUUAUAUUCAUGUAAAAAUAUUAUUGAAAAUCAUUGCAUUGUUAUGUAGCAUAUAUACAUAUAUUUACCGUGUAUUUGUACACAACCUCUGUUAAUUCAUCUUAAUCUUAUUGGCUAAUUGUCUUAUCAGAUCUCCAAUCUGAGUAUCCUGCUGUGCAAUUUUUGAUGUCUUAUUAUAAAAAUGGACCCUAAAUGGCCCUGAGCCAACAAAGGAAUACACAGGAAAUUGGCCCCUACUGUGACACCAGUGCAAUUAACAGGAGAUGCACAGCAGGGGAUUAUCAUGCCAGACAUUCCUUAAGCUAGGCCUUUAAAACUGCUGAGAUGAAUUUUUUUGUUUCGCCAACACCUUUUAUGCUCCGCUGUAGCAGUAAUACAUUGCCUUAACGGAUAGCAAGAACAAUGCAUCUUACUCAUUUUUGCAAAUCUUUUAAUAGAUUAUAUCAAAAUUCAUCAUCAUCAGGAAUUGGGUAUGCUUUUGAAACAAACUAUUUAAAACCAUGUGUAUUGAUAAAUGUACUUACAUGAAAUAAAUUUACUUGAUAAAUGUAAUAUGCAAUAUAUAUAUAUGUUAUUGGUAAAUAGUUUUAAUACAUGUAUAUUUAA